UCCUCUCGGCUUCUCGCUCUAGAGUCUACGCUCUUCACACUCUCUCUCUCUCUCUAUCUUCUAUUUCCCUCUCUUCAUAACAGCUCUGUUCUCUGUUCUUCCUUGCAGUUCACGCGAAACGCCUGUGCUGUUUCUCUCUCUCUCUCUCUCCUCUAAGUAAUGGCAGAGAACACCAGCUCAAGCUUAUUGUCCGUCGCGUUCUGAAUCGGAGAGACCUUGCAUUGGUUUGUUUGCACUUCCUGUCCGGUUCUGUUGUAAUAUUGCGAGGAUUUUUCUUUGCGCAUGGAGUAUGGCGUAAGCUUGAUGGAGAGGAUGAAGCAGAAGGAGCGACUUCUGUGUUUAGCAAUUCUGGUGCUAGUUUUUCUUUGUCCUCUUGCUUCUCCCCUUGCUGACGAAGGAAAAGCCUUGAUGUCAAUAAAGGCGUCGUUCAGUAAUGUGGCUAAUGUGCUCUUGGACUGGGACGACAUUCAUAACAGUGAUUUCUGUUCAUGGCGAGGUGUUUUUUGUGAUAACGUUAGUCUUUCUGUGGUUUCCCUGAACUUGUCCAAUUUGAAUCUGGGUGGGGAGAUUUCGCCAGCCGUUGGUGAUUUGAUUAACUUGGAGUCAAUAGAUUUGCAAGGGAAUAAAUUAACCGGUCAAAUUCCUGACGAGAUUGGGAACUGCGCUUCGCUUGUUCAUCUGGAUUUCUCUGAUAAUCUUUUAUAUGGAGACAUACCCUUCUCAAUCUCUAAGCUCAAGAUGCUCGAGUUCCUGAAUCUAAAGAACAAUCAGCUGACGGGUCCUAUUCCGUCGACCUUAACGCAGAUCCCUAACCUCAAAACACUUGACCUUGCCCGAAACCAGCUCACGGGUGAAAUUCCGAGGCUAAUUUAUUGGAAUGAAGUUUUGCAAUAUCUUGGUUUACGUGGGAAUUACUUAACGGGUACACUCUCCUCUGAUAUGUGCCAAUUGACUGGCCUAUGGUAUUUUGAUGUUAGAGGCAAUAACCUAACUGGUACAAUCCCGGAGAGCAUUGGCAACUGCACAAGCUUUGAAAUCCUGGAUAUAUCUUACAAUCAGAUUACUGGGGAGAUACCUUACAAUAUUGGGUUCUUACAAGUUGCUACGUUGUCACUUCAGGGAAACAGGUUAACUGGGAAAAUUCCUGAGGUUAUUGGUUUGAUGCAGGCCCUUGCUGUUCUGGAUUUGAGUGAGAAUGAGCUAGUCGGACCAAUCCCUCCAAUACUUGGAAAUCUGUCAUACACUGGGAAAUUGUAUCUUCAUGGUAACAAGUUGACCGGACCUAUUCCUCCAGAGCUUGGCAAUAUGUCGAAACUUAGUUACUUGCAACUUAAUGAUAAUGAACUGGUUGGUACAAUUCCUGCUGAGCUUGGGAAGCUUGAACAGUUGUUUGAAUUGAAUCUUGCAAACAAUCAUUUUGUUGGACCUAUUCCAUAUAACAUCAGUUUCUGCACAGCUUUGAAUCAGUUUAAUGUGCAUGGGAAUCACUUAAGUGGAUCAAUCCCAUUGGGGUUCCGUAAUCUGGAAAGCUUGACAUAUCUAAAUCUUUCAGUGAACAAUUUCAAAGGAAAAAUACCAGUUGAUCUGGGGCGUAUUAUCAAUCUUGAUACGUUGGAUCUAUCUGGCAAUUAUUUUUCGGGACCUGUACCUGCUACAAUUGGUGAUCUGGAGCACCUUCUCAUAUUGAACUUAAGUAGUAACCAUCUUGAUGGACCAUUGCCUGCAGAAUUUGGGAAUCUUAGAAGCAUUCAAACAAUUGAUAUGUCCAUCAAUAAUCUCUCUGGUAGUAUUCCAGCUGAAAUGGGCCAACUGCAAAAUCUUGUUGCUUUGAUACUGAACAAUAACAACUUGCAUGGACAAAUCCCGGAUCAGAUUGCCAAUUGUCUGAGUCUUUCUUUUUUGAAUGUGUCCUACAACAGCUUGUCUGGGGUCUUACCUACCAUUAGAAACUUCUCGCGUUUUUCACCAGAUAGUUUCAUUGGGAAUCCUUUGCUAUGUGGAAACUGGUUGGGGUCAAUAUGUGGUCCAUCUUUUCCAAAAUCGCGAGCAAUAUUAUCCAGAGCUGCUGUUGUUUGUAUGACAUUAGGCUUCAUAGCACUGUUAUCUAUGGUCAUUGUUGCGAUUUACAAAUCCAACCAACAGAAGCAAAUGAUGAAGGGUUCCAUGAAGGCUCUGCAAGGUCCUCCCAAGCUUGUGGUUCUACACAUGGAUAUGGCUAUACAUACAUUUGAUGAUAUUAUGAGAAUCACAGAAAAUUUAAAUGAGAAGUUCAUUGUAGGAUAUGGUGCUUCAAGCACAGUUUACAAGUGUGCAUUGAAGAAUUCCCGACCAAUUGCAAUUAAGCGACUCUACAAUCAAUAUCCACACAAUUUACGGGAGUUUGAGACUGAACUUGAGACCAUUGGCAGCAUCAGGCACAGAAACAUUGUAAGCUUGCAUGGUUAUGCCCUUACUCCUAAUGGAAACCUCCUAUUCUAUGACUACAUGGAAAAUGGUUCUCUUUGGGAUCUUCUGCAUGGUCCAGGAAAGAAAGUAAAACUUGACUGGGAAACUCGCUUAAAGAUAGCAGUUGGUGCUGCUCAAGGACUUGCUUAUCUUCAUCAUGAUUGUAACCCUAGAAUUAUUCAUCGGGAUGUUAAGUCCUCAAAUAUUCUGUUGGAUGAAAAUUUUGAGGCACAUCUCUCUGAUUUUGGGAUAGCUAAAUGCAUACCGGCUUCAAAAACCCAUGCUUCUACCUUUGUUUUGGGAACAAUUGGCUACAUUGAUCCAGAGUAUGCCCGAACCUCUCGGCUGAAUGAAAAAUCUGAUGUCUAUAGUUUUGGCAUUGUCCUUCUGGAGCUUCUGACCGGAAAGAAGGCUGUGGAUAAUGAAUCUAACUUGCAUCAACUGAUAUUGUCAAAGGCUGAUAAUAAUACCGUUAUGGAAGCUGUUGAUCCUGAGAUUUCCACUAAAUGCAUGGAUUUAUCUCAUGUGAGAAAGACUUUCCAACUUGCAUUGUUGUGCACCAAGCGCCUGCCCUCUGAAAGGCCAACCAUGCAUGAAGUUUCAAAAGUUUUGGUCUCCCUUCUUCCUGUUGUUCCUAAGAAGUCUUGUUCAGCUCCGGGAAAGCCCAUUGAUUAUACCAAAUUUGUGAUUGACAAAGGACACCAGGGGCAACCGCAGCAAGUUCAACUGGAAAAUAAUUUUUCUGAUGCUCAAUGGUUUGUUAGAUUUCGAGAAGUUAUAUCAAAGAACACCCUCUGAAUUUGUAAUUAUCUUUGUUUUUCCUUUAGCGAGUGAAGGGAAAAGGAAAGAAGAUUCUUCCCAAAUUUUGCCUCUGGAAUAGGGUGUUAUUUCAGCUGAUAGAAGAUGAACUAUGAAUUUGUAAGGUUAUCAGUGGCUCUCUGGGUAUUCUUCUUUCUGACUGAUUCACGACAGAAGGAAAGUCAAAUAUUCCUUCCAGACUGACGAUAUCUAACACAUCAUGAUGUAAGCAAAGCUCAACUGCAAGUUAGAAAACACGAAUGUAUGAUUUCAUCUGGUGGUACACAGCUGGUAUAUGAAAAUUAAUUAUGCUCAAAAAUUCCUGUUUAAAUGCUGUCAUCAAAAAUUUCAGAAGAUAUAGAUGAAGGCUCUGAGAACCAGCUACUGAAGAAUCCAACUCAGGAAAUAAAGAUUGGUUAUUGACACUUGGGUAUCAAGUGUUUGAUUAAAAAAUGAUGUAUGUGGUUUUUUUUUAUUUUCUUCUCCCUGGUACCUGUAUCACCAGAAAGAAUAGAGAGGUUUAUUAAAAUAGAUCUCCAUUGAUGUGGCUAAGAAUUUUCUAUGGUGCGAGCAUUGAGGAUAUCUAUGCAGAUUACUAAUGUAUUAUUA